CCCAAAACUUAGAGAUUCUGAGGUUCCAGUUAAGGUUGAAGGUUCAAUCAAGGCUGGAGAAAUGUUAGAGGCGACCACUGCUGAAGCAGGCAUGGACAAGGAAAUGGUCACGAAGGCUAAAGUCAAUGGUUUGCAAACAUCUGCGGAUAAAUGGCAGAAUGAAAAUGCCAAAUGUUCUCCAGAUGGUGAAGUGGUGAAGCUUUUAGAAACGACCAAUACCCACCCUUCAGUGCAAGUUAUUGCCUCCACGUUGCCACGGACUGAGACGCAACCAACCGUGAAACCCCCCGAAUCUCUGGUCAACCAACCGAAAGUGGUGCCAAACCCAAACGGCAGUGACAAGCAGCUGCUGGCACAACCACAGUCUUCUGAUAGACCUUUGGACGCAGUGCAGAAAACUGGACUGGAGGAGAAAAAAACUAAUCAAAAAGAUGCCGCUGCGUCUGAGACCGAGAAGAACCGACCGCAGGCGCCUGCCGCCGCCGCCCCAGCGCCGUCGACCGCGGCAGACGGCGGUUCUAACACAGUGAGCUCAGACGUUGAGACCGCUGGGGAAACAUCACUGACCGUUGGCGAGAGGAUGGCGAGUUACUUGGAUCCCAAGAACUUCAAUUGUGUCCCUGCUGAAGAGAUCCUGUCUUCUAAACCUUUUGCUCUUGACUCAACGCUGCUGUUAAUAACAAACCUUCCAGCUUGUGAGGCGGGCUGCAGCUACACGGAGGAGGAAGUUGUAAAUCUGCUCAGCAAGUUUGAGUUCCAGUAUGCGCACGACAACAUCUAUGUUAUUCCUCAGGGUGGCUUGGUAAGCACCGGGUUGUAUUUUUGCAACCAGUAUUUUUCUACUGAUAUACUCUGA